UGAGGCCGUUGGUAAUAACGAGCGUUUUCAAGAGCAACUUUAGCAACGAUGGUUUUGGGAAACAGCUCGGAGAUUUAACGAUGCUCCUACGAAGGUUAUAACGAUUAACGUAUCCUUAAGAUGCUUUUGGGAAACCGGGCCCUGGACUUUAUGUACGAAAUAAAUCUAGGGCUACCAUCAUUCCCAACGUCAGCCAAGUUGAGCUAACACAAGCUAGGAGUAGUUGGUCUCAUUCCAAACCUAGGUGUGCAGACAAGAUUCCUGUAGGCUACACCUGUGUGAAUUUCGGAAACAGUGACGUGAGGAGCUGUUCUGCGUUAUUUUCGGGUGGAAGCUGGAAAACGUUAUUAUGUCUCGAAUUCUUUCGGGAAUUAUACCAGACGAGGCAGUCUUCACAGACUUCAGAAGACAAGCCUUGUCAACGGACAACUGGUACAGUAAAUAUGACAAGAACGGAAUGGAGGUCUGGGUCGAGGUGGCCCCUGUAACAUCCCCUCAAGGAAACAAAAACGUCCCUAAAGUUCACAAGAUAAAGUGCAGAAUGACCAUAAAAGAUGUGUCGGCCGCCACCAUGUAUGACGUCCUUCAUGAUGGACUGUAUCGCAAGAAGUGGGACCCCACCAUGUUGGAGAGCUUUGACAUUGCCCGUCUCUCCCCUAACACCGAUUUGGGCUAUUACUCAUGGCUGUGUCCGAAGCCACUGAAGAACAGAGAUGUGGUGACUCUGCGUUCGUGGCAGGUGACGGACAACGAGUAUGUGAUCGUUAACUACUCAGUCAAACACCCGAAAUAUCCUCCCAAAAAGGACCUUGUGAGAGCCAUCUCCCUCCUGACUGGCUACCUGGUGAAGGCCACAGGACCCAAUAGCUGCUCCUUUACCUACCUCUCACAGGCUGACCCCAAAGGUUCUCUUCCAAAGUGGGUGGUGAACAAAGCAUCUGAGGUUCUGGCUCCCAGGGUGUUGAAGUGUGUGCACGAGGCAGGCCAGAGUUACCCCGAGUGGAAAGAGCAGAAUUCUCCGGAUCAGAAGCCCUGGUUGUACCCAGAGCAAAGCACCCUGCCCAUGAUGGACGCGGCCGAGCUGACCAUCCAGCGGGCGGACUCUCUGGAGAACGUAGACGAGACCUCCCAGCUGGACGUUCAGGAGAUUAACAAAGCAGAGCACAGCAGCUGAACACAUCUGUCAGAGGGGAUGAAGCCUAGACAAGAGAGGAUGGAUGGACACGCUCACGCAGACCUAAAGACUCAAGUCCUCAACCUCUCCAUGGCACAUGAUCCCAAUCUUUAAAGUUUUACGAUCCACCCCCAAUUUAUUUUGUAUUUAUCCAGUUUUUGCCUUAUAAACCACAGUUUAUGCCUCUAAGGAGGACGAAAGAAUUAACUGUUUACAUCUGUUUGGCCUUAUGGAGCUGAACAACAUACCAUCGAGUGGCAAUUCUGGUUCAUCCCCUCCGCCUGAACUGAUAAUUCAGCCAGUGUUUGCCAAUGUACUGUGCCAACUCCAGACAAUGCACUGGCAGAAGUGUUAGAAGGACUUGGUUGUUGAUUGUUACGUACAGCUACUUUUAGAAACGGCAGCAUCAGGUAUUUUUAUAUUACCAGCCAUGCUUCAAAGUUUUUUAUACAAUUUGAUAUGAGGUAUGGAAUAAUUCAGAACCAAGUUAAAGAAUAGCCAGGAUUGGCUGUUUUGAUUUCCUGAGUAUAAAUGAAGUGAAAAGAUUUAUUUGUAUAUGAUGUUUUUUUUAUUUGAUGGAAUACUUAUUUAUUGAGCUACAUUGUAUUUCACUAUUGUCCUGAUAUCACUGGAAACCAUGAGUAUGGAUAGACAGAAAGUGCCUUGUCAUUCUGUAGGUUCCCAUAUCGAUAUUGGUAUUUAUUGAAAGUUUGCAAUCUGGGAGCAAGACAAUGGAAUUCAUUCCAUUGCUGGUUAUAUACCCUUGGUGGUUAUGUAUGCUUUGGUAUUAGUGUAGGCACUGAUCCAAUGGUGACUUCAUUAAAUUGAAAUAUUUUAAACAAAAUAUCACAUUUAGUAUUUUAACAAAUGUACACAGGGAGUUAUUCAUUUAUAAAGUGAAUUGUAUGAUACAUUUUUUUGUGUUAUUAGCUGAAGAAUUAGAAUCACCAUCAUAUCUUACCCCUUUUAAAGUGUAUAUAUUUUCAUAAAGUUACUGAUAAGUAAUGUCAUGACAGAGCAAGCAAGGAUCCUGAAGUUAGCCUUGCAAACAGCUCUUGAACUUGACUUUGAAGACAUAAAUGAUUGUAAAGUUCUUGUUUUUUUAUAAACCUCAGAUAUGGUUCACA